AUGGGUUUACAAUAUCGUGGGUUCCUUAAACAGUAUUAUGAUGUUUAUAAAUGGAUUGAAAAUUCUCCAGCUAAAGAUGCUGCAUUUUGUUUUCCACGCAGAAUAUGUAGAGGAAAUAGCCUUAACAGUAGCCAGAUUGAUCUUGCAUUUUCUACUAAAGGUUUUAAAAACUGGAAAAACGCAACAAAGGCAUUUAACAACCAUCAAAAGAGAAAAGCACAUAAUUAUAGUUCAGAAUCAAUGUUAAAAUUAAUAGAUGGAAAUUCAAUAGAUGUUGCUAUUGAUGAAAGUAAAAAAUUACAACUUAGCCAAAGAGAUAGUGAACGUCUUAAGAAUAGAGAUUUUUUUCAAAGACUUGUUGAUAUAACAAUACUGUUAGCAAAAACUGGAAAACCGUUUCGAGGCCAUAUUGAAAAUGUUAAUAGUUUUAACAAAAGGAUGUACAAAGAGGUAAUUGAAUUAUUAUUGAAAUACGACCCAAUUUUUAAAAAACAUAUGGAAUGUGGGCCUCGUAACGCAUUUUAUUCUAGCAACCGUAUUCAAAAUGAUAUAAUUUUGGCUCUAUACAACUAUUUUCAGAAAAAAUUGUCAGUUACUUUGCAAAACAAAAAGAUUUCAGUUAUAGCCGAUGAAAUUAGCGAUAUAGGGCAUCACGAACAAAUGUCUAUAGUUAUUCGAUAUUUUGAUUCAAAUUUAAAUCAACCGGUGGAACACUUUGUUUGUUUGCAAAGGCUCAAUUCAGUCAAUGCACAAUCUAUAUUUGAUGUGUUAAUUAAUAAAUUAGGCUUAAGUUGGUCUUCUGUUAUUGCAGUAUGCUUUGAUGGUGCGGCCACUAUGUCAGGGUAA